AUGUCGGAAAAACCGCGAAAGCUUCAGCGCAUCUCUAUGGCCUGCGACUUUUGCCACAGACGCAGCAUAAAAUGCAGCCAUAGCGAGGAUCCCCUAGGUCGUUGUCAAAAUUGUGUGGACUUCGAUUUGCGGUGCACCUUCGAUCGCCCGGCAAAACGCCGGGGCGUCAAGUCUGGCUCUCGGGCGAGAGGCCGCGAUCCUCGAUUUGUGAGAGCAUCAGUCAAUAAUGCUAUUCCUACAGCGGCAGAGACUGCAAGUAGCGGAAGAACCCUCCGUUCCUCGAAUUCUCGCAGUCCGUACCGCACAUCGAUCCCCGGUGAUCCCGGGCCUACCUUCAACCAUGGCUGGUCAGCAGCCGAAGGGGAUGAAGAUGACGGGGUGCUGCACGAUUCUUGGAAAGCAUUUGCCAUUGCCUGUGACCGACAAAUACGAAACUCAGUCCAGGUUUAUUUCGAGAUCGUGUAUCCAAUAUUUCCAUUGUUUCACAUGCCGUCAUUCAUAGAGCAGGUCAACAACAAAAAGCAUCUUCACAAUAAAGGUCUCUUUGCCUCCACAAUGGCUGUCUGCGCUUUGGUCGCCGGUCGCGCACGUGACGGUGCGUUGUACUCUAAUCGGUGGGAUCGAGACGAGCUUAUAGAUCCACCGUCCGAGACUUUCUUUGCAGCUGCAAGGGACUCAAUUCCCCGAGACCUUAUCGCAGCCAAAGGUAUCAAUUAUAUGCGGGCGUGUGCCAUACUAGCUAUCGCCAGCAUUCAAAACUCCCAGAUCAAAAAUAUGCAGAAGUAUUCCGGCUUAUACCAUGCCUUGACUUCGAUGGAUGGCCUCUAUGACGAGAAGCUCUGGCCCAACGACUUGACUGCAAUUCAGACCGAGGAGCGACGCCGACUUUUCUGGUCUAUCUACACAUUCGAUAUCUAUUCGACCAUUGUAUGGGGUGGCGUUAUUCGAUAUCGUGAAGCACAUUCCUUAGUGCGCUAUCCUAGCGAGUUAGACGACGAAUUCAUCACAGAGCGCGGCUAUGGCGUGCCCUCUCAACCCCAGGGCUUGAAUUCGCUUCCAACAGCUAACGUGACUGUGGUCUCCCGCCAGCCUACGCCCUGGUUGCGUGGUUGGAACUUCACUACAGACCUUUACCGCAUCCUUGAGCAUGUAGUCGAUGGCAACAGACGCCGCUUCUCUUCGGCUAACGGGACGACACAAGUUUGGUCACUAUUUAGUCCUUUAUCAAUGUCAGAGCCAGCGGUAAUGGAUAAAGUCCUUACUAUGUACUCAGCUCUUCCAUCACAGUUUCGGGAAACCCCGCCCACUACGGGAGACAUGUCUAAGGAUCUAUUCGGGUUCCAGUCAGCCAAUAUUCAGGCGACGCUACAACUUCUUCGGAUGGAGCUCUUGUCCACCGAGGAAAUCGGGGUGGAGCGAAAAUGUGAUGUAGCGGGCGAACUGCUGAGCGUUUUUUCGAAUGUACCCAUCGAGUACUUGAGAGCCAUCAGCUCCCCCUUGCUCCAUCACCUAGGCGGAAUUGGCUACAUUCUUGGCUCUGUCAUGGAAGGGAGUCUAUCUGAGGAAUCCUACACACGAGCUCGCACAUUACUGCUUGAAAUGGCAGAUCUCUUACAGCGUCUCGAAAUGGGCCUACACCGUGCCUCGGGUGCAGGCGAACGAUUGCGGUCCCAGGUUGCUCGAAUAGACGGCUAUAUGCGGGACUCACUUCUUCUGAAUCUAACGUCACCAAAUAACGCAACGCAAGUAAUCGAAGCAGACUCCGAACUUGCUGUCCCAUCCGCGUAUGCACAAGGGACCCCCGCCGUCGAAGCCUUGCCUACUGCUGGUCUUGACCAAAUGUCCCUGUUUCAGCUGCCACAGGAACUUCUCUCAGAUUGGCCAUGGCCGUUGGAUUCUCACAAUGCCGAGGGACUACUGCCCCUGGCAUUCGAAUGA